CUGAGAGCGAUGGAACCACCAAACCUUGCAUACCUCGAUACCGGCUUGAGAAACACAUACUAGCUGUCCACUAUCUCCCAACAAUGGGAAGAGGAACUACGACGGAACGAUCGUAUGACCGGUGUAAUACAACCCCGUGAGAUUUUCCCCUGACAUGACCUUACCAGAGCAAACUUGAACCAGGGAUAUAUAAUGGUGGUGAUUUUCGGAAAAUUAUCCCCUCACGACCAUUAUGUCCGCUCACGAUAAGCACGUCGACUCUGAGAAACAUAGUGACUCUGCACGCAGCAUCGUCCUUCAGGAAGACACAGAUGUCGACCUCGCGACGUUUCACGAACUACACGCAGGAAGAUUGGUCAUCGAUCCAGCAGAGGCGAAAGUCGAGUUUGGCGAGGCCUUCGCCUCCAAGCUCAAGCUUUCGAGUGAUGGGACCAAAGUCUUAUGGCCCCAACCGACCGAUUCAGCGCGCGAUCCCCAGAACUGGAGUAACACCCGCAAGAGCAUCCACCUUUUCAUCGUCACUCUGGCUGCUAUUAUUCCAGACUUUGACAGUGGUAUAGGAAUUGCAUCCCUCUUUCCACUUGCUGAGCAAUAUGGUACUACCACCGGAGUGAUCAACAAUCUGACAUCGAAUUGGAGUAUUUUCCUCUUGGGGUGGGGUGGCAUCUUUGCGGUGAUGCUCAUUCGUCGGUACGGUCGUCUUCCUAUUUUAUUCUGGUCGCAGGUUCUUGCCCUGGGUUUCCUUGUGGGAUGUACCUUUGCGCCGAAUCUGGCAACUUUUGCUGGUAUGAGAUGCUUGACGGCGGUCUUUGCAACUGCGCCCCAGGUCGCGGGAUUGUAUAUCGUCACAGACCUAUACCCUUUUCAUCUACAAGCCCGAAAGCUCAACAUCUGGACAAUGGGGUUCAUUGUCUCCCCAUUUCUCUCUCCUUUCGCCUUCGGUUUCCUUGUCGCCCGACAAAGCUGGAGAUGGGCCUACGGAAUCGGCUGCAUCUAUAGUGCCGUCGUCUGUGUUCUAAUCGCCCUGUUCAUGGAUGAAACAAUGUACGAUCGAACCGUGAAACCCGUCCCAGAACCGCCUACCAAAGGGCUUCGCUACAGAAUCGAAACGCUCAUCGGUGUUACCGGGAUUAAAAUGGCCAAAUACCGCGUAUCUUGGGCAGAAUCAGUUCUCUCACCAAUCAACGUAGUAUGGCGUCCCCACCUUCUCGGCGCUCUUCUAUUCGAAGGUGUCCUGUUUGGAUUUAGCAUUGGUCUCAACGUUACCAAUGUCGUGUUCUUGGGAACUCCUCGUCCAGUUGGGUUUGGGUGGAGCCAGGAUGCGAUCGCCGGAGCAUAUGGCACCCCUAUCGUAGCGGUGCUUCUUGGUGAACUCAUCGGUCGCUAUACUAAUGAUUGGAUCAUGAACAUGAGCAUCAGACGCAACCAUGGUGUUUUCGAGGCUGAGAGUCGACUUUGGGCUUGUUAUAUUUCUUUACCUUUGUACAUUUGCGGUUUCGUCACCUUCGGUGCAUCGAUUGAGAAACAUCUGAAUACUGCUGGUAUUGUUAUGGGAUGGGGCAUUGCAGAGCUGGCUACUAUGAUCAAUACCGUGGCCAUAUAUGCGUACUGCAACAAUUGCUUCCCAAAGCACCAAGGCGAAAUCAGUGCCUUGAUUAAUCUGGCGCGAACGCUCGGAGGGUUUGCGGUCGCCUACUUCCAAGUGCCGUGGGCAGAAAAACAUGGCGCUAUCCAAACAUUCGGUUGCGAAGCUGCAAUCGUGGCGGGAAUUUUCCUCUUGAUUGUGCCGGCCUUGCAGAUAUAUGGGCGGAGUUUACGAAAACGUUUCUCUGUGGUGUAACUAAUGUACCCUUUGAUUCAUUGAUGCUUACUAGUUACAAAAGUCUGUACUACUUGGUCUCCCGGAUGAAUGUAAGUUCUUAACAGUGUUAUAAGCAUGGCAAAUCCUUGAUUUAGGCUUCCCUGUCACGAUCACGGUACUUCACUGAUUGCCGGAAAAAACUUUU